AUGAAGGUGUUCGACGACGACGCGAAGCCGCGCGGGCUGAAGGAGAGUAAGGACUCUCCGACGCCGUCUGAGGAUGAAGAGAGCAACGCGGAGAACCAGAUGCUGCUUUGGGAGAGGGUGCGCGAGGAAAGCCAGAGGUGUUCAGUGCUGCCGCUCGAGGCGCAGCGCCCCACAGUGUGUUUCUUCGUCUUCUUGCUCUUCUUCAUCACCCUCUUUUUCGCGUCCGUCAUCCUCACGGCCGACGUCCACGACAAGUACCUUACCCGGCAGGCGAUUCGACAGACUCUCCUCCGCGCCCCGUUCUUAGAGCCCCUGCGCGCCGACCAGAGCGCCGCCUCGCCCCCGGCGUCUCAGUCGUCGCCUUCGACGCCUCCAUCCGACAACCCCCUCGCUCGCGCUCCUUCGCUCUCGGCUUCUCCGCGGCGACUCUCCGCUGCCCCGCCGCGGCCUCCCCCACCGUCUGAGGUGAGUGCUCCCCGCCGCCAUUUUCUUCCCUCGAGUGCCGAGACGCCAGCGGAGAGGGCGACCAUCCCUGCUCUCGGCUGGGCAGGAGCGGCGCCACGGAGGCGUCUUUCCGAUGAAAAUCUGCGUACUCUCGCGGCGGCGGCGGCAGAGCGUGCGAGAGGGCGGUCUCCGUCGCCUCGCGCGCGGCCCUUGCCCCUAGAGGGAAACUUGUCUCCGCACGGCGGACGGCGUCGUGUGUUGCCUGGUUCGCCCUCGUCUGCUGUCGUCGCGGAAUCUGCCGGUUCUCGCGCACAUGGAUCCCGCCACAGCUCUUCUUCCUCGAGUGCUGGUGGCAAUUCUUUCUCCUCGCUUUUUUUUUCGCCGCCUUCGAACUCGCGUCACUCAACCACUUCCACAUCCGAUCGUUCUCGAUCCCCUUCUCCCCGGCACGCCUCUCCGUCCCGCUCUCCCUCGCCCCCGCGUCUGCCCCAUCACUCCCCUGUCUCAAGUAGCGAAUCAGGGGUGUCAGGGCCUUCCUCCGUGGACCUUCGCUCUUACUCCGUGGGUUUUGGCUCUUCCUCGUCUGCAUCCCCCCGUGCUGAGCCACUCUCUUCUUCGUCGCCUUCUUCCUCAUCUCUCUCUUCAAGCGCUCGCUCAGCUUCCCUUGCUUCUUCUUUUUCAAGCUUGCUCGGGUCUUCCGCUUCUUCCUUGUCAGACUAUCUCUCGUCUUCCGCUUCUCCCUCUUCAGGCUUUUUCUCGUCUUCCGCUUCUCCCUCUUCAGGUUUUUCCUCGUCUUCCGCUUCUUCCUCUUCAGGCUUUGUCUCGUUUUCCACCUCUUCCUUUUCCUCUUCCUCCGGGGGCUCUCGGCAUCCCGGGUCUCCGUCUGGCGAACUGCCUGCGCAUGAGGCUCUGCGUCUGCCUUCGCCUCCCCCAGGUGAAGAUGCCAACCUCGAGUCCCCGCACUCUCCCGGUCUUUGGUGGCCGUCGCCUUUCUCCGCGUCCGCGGGCGGGCCUUCGUCGCCUUCGUCGCCUUCGUCUCCGUACCCUGCUUCCGAGUCGAGUAGCGCCACAUCAAGGGCAGCGCCAGCGGGUUCCCCGACGGGACCGGGGGAUGGAAACCCAGAGGGCCUGCACUCGGUGAAUUUGGGCGGGGAUGCAGUGCCCGCCGGCACUCUUGCCGAAGGUCAGCCCCUCUCGCCCCAGUCCCCUUCGCCCCAGCCCCCUUCGCCCCCGCCCCCUUCGCCCCAGUCCCCUUCGCCCCAGUCCCCUUCGCCCCAGUCCCCUUCGCCCCAGCCCCCUUCGCCCCCGCCCCCUUCGCCCCAGUCCCCUUCGCCCCAGCCCCCCUCACCCCAGCCCUCUUUGCCUUUUCCUGCUGUCUCCUCCCCACCGACGAGCGGGUCGCCCCCUCGGGCGCGUGCCGCCCAGAAGCUCUCCUCAAGUUCGACGCAGCUGCCUCGAAAGGGGGGGUCACGGCGCCGGCGCCUCGCUGCGGCCGAGGCGCCGGGUGCCGCCGCGCCCGCAGCCCCAGCGGAUCCGGCGGACGGCCUUGGGGCACAGCGUGCCGCCCCCUCUCCCGCGGCGGACGGCGCGAGCCAAGGCGAGUGGGAGACGCUCGGCCUCUUGCACGUACCGCUCCUCGGCUGGGACGACGUCCUGCAGUGGCUGCAGCGCGUGCUGCGGAGGAUUCUGCUCAUAGGCCUCGUCUCCGACCUUCUCGUCGUGCAGGAAGCCUCGCUCACUGUUGAGCGCGGGCAACUCAUUGAGAACGCACUCGACACCUCCAGGCGCCUCAUGCGCAACGUCUGGGAUGCAAAGGGCGGCGGGAAGACCAAGUUGGACUUUACUGAGAUCCACGGGAAGCCCUGGGGGUUUGACAUUACGCCGCAGCUGGACUCUCUGACGGCGGGCGAUUGGCUCUCGCCCCUGACGCGAUCGGUGACAGUCCGGCUUCUUCUACGGGACAACUUUGGCAACGCUUCACACGUCGAGCUUGUGUUCGAGCAGGAGCCGACGGGGCUGAUCACUGCCGGGUGCAGCGUGUUUGUCAACCUGGUUUCCAGUUUCCUCGUGUCCGUGGCCGUUGCGGGCGCGUUUCUUCUCGUCACGCUCUGCUACUUCUUUCUCGAGCUCUACGCCUUCUCAUACGUCAACAGCGCUGUGCGCUCGUCCGGAGGCCGCGCCGAGCACUCCGUCAUGGCGUAUCUGCGCAGGCGCUGGGAAGUCUUCGGAGCGGUCUUCUGCGGCCUCCUCACUGCCGUCCUCCUCGUGGGACGCGCGACGGUCGCUCGCCUGCUCCCAGAGACGAUCAACACGUCGAACGCCAUCAAAUUCAUCGAUAUUCUUGACGACACCACGCGCCUUUUGAUCGUGGCGACCACGUUCUUCGCGCUGAUGCGUGCCCUGCAGUUCCUCACCAACGCCAGUCUCUUUUUCUUCGUCGUGCAGAGUGCACUCAAAAACGCGAUUCUCGAGUUCACUGGCGUUCACCUUGUCGUCGGACUCGCGGUCCUUGGUGCGGCGGCCUCGAACUACCUGCUUGUCGGGGUGAAGGUCGAUGCCUUUGCGUCGUACGGCUCAUCGAUUUUCCAGACGCUCUCGCUGCUGUUUGGCUCUCCGCUGCUGCUGGUGCUGCCGCCAGUCGCCGCACUGUACAACUUGAUUUUCAUUCUCCUCUGGUGGACGAUCCUGCUCCCCAUGCUCAUCGUCCUCGUCGUCUACGCAGUUCGCAAAGUCACUGUGAAGGCUGGUCACACGGGGACGGAGGCUCUCGGCUCGGAGAUCCCACAGCAAGUGUGUGACUGCCUCGUGGAGUUCGUGUUCUGCUGCACGCCGGACCCUUCGCGAAGCGCAACCGGCGACGACGCUCUACGGCUGCAGCAGAAGGCCGAGAGCGCGGAGCGGGUGCGGCGCGAGGAGGAGACUCGGAAGCGUCUGGAGGAGCGCGGGGUGAAGGUGUCUCACAUCUCCGACGACGCCGUGACGCCCGCGCGGUGGCUGUUGGGCCUUUUGCUCGUUUUCGCCUUCCUGUAUGUCGUCGGCCUGUGUCUCCUGUUCGACGCACCGCGCAUCUUCCGCGACCACGAGGCCAGCGAGCAGUUCGAAGGCCGGCGCUUCCUCUCCUCCGACCCCUUUCCCACGCGGAAGGACUUCGCCGCCUCCCCGCCCCUCUGGUUCCGCCGCGACUUGUGCGCCGCCGAGGCCAACUCGACGGCUGACGCCUCGGCGCCUGCCGAGGGCUCCACAGCUGACGCUCGCCCCGCGGAGAGACAGCACCGAGACGUCGAGGACGUGGCUCGCGCCGGGGGCCGCGGGGACGCGCCGACGGUCGAUGAAGUCCUUAAGGCCCUCUCCGAGCCUCUGUACCAGACGAUCUCGCUGCGGAAAGUCACCUCGCUGGAGGGCAUCUACGACUGGCUGGAGCAAGUGUUGGCGGACGAGAUUUUGAACGCGGCGUACUUUGCGCCUUACCUCUCCCACCGCGCGCCGCUCGCCAAUCCCGGCGCGCUGCUUAUCGCCAAGCGCGUUGGCGUCCAGUGCCGCGCCCCCUCCACGUCCAUGUCGAGCGUCUGGCCUGUCAUGCGGCUCAACCCCAAGACGUUUUUCUCCCUCAGCUCCGAGCCCUACGGUGUCAAUGGAGCCCAAUACGUCGCCGACCCAGAGGAGCGCGUCUACCGCGUCGGCCUCUUCUUCACUCCGCAGAUGCCUGGCAAACAGCUGCCGACUGUCUCAGGCGAGAAAGAGUCUGGCGCCGCCCCGUGGUCCCCGUCGGCUUCGCCCUCGGCCUCGCCAGGCGCAACUCCCCGAAUAUUAGCCGACCAAAGCGGCGGAGGCGGUGCAGGGGGCGGGGUGGGCGGGGCGGAUACGGGGACGAGCUUCAGUGGACCGCUCGCGUCUCUCUUAGGCUCCAACCGAGCCGCGACGCUCAAUCUGUCGGCGGACGAGUUUCGCGCGCUCUACGCAGGCCGCACGAGUCUCAAGAAGAAAGUUCAGAGUCUUCGAGAAGGGGGCUUUCUUGACUACCAGCUCUACAGUCUCGAUGUCGUCUGGCUGAACCUGAACGGAGACUCAGGGGUGUAUAUUCUCAACAAGGUGACGUUUGAGAUGUCGAACGCAGGCGGGUUAUCGGUGAAGCCCAGAGUGAUUGCUGUUCCGGCGUGGACUCUGUCUCCGACCUCGCCGUCGGUUCACGCGUCGUUUGUAUUUAUCGUGCUCGCCUGCGGCUGCUUCCUGGCCUACAUCAUGUACUCGUACCACGCGACCCAGAAGCGCGUCUUUUCGCCGUCCUUCUGCCUCUUUCUCGACGUCCCCAUUCUCCUUUUCCUCGCGCUCUUCGUCUUUUUCUACAUCACGAUGUUCGGCGUCAGCUUCAACCCAGGCUGGGAGUGCCCCGCGUCGCUCGGCGUCGGCCGCAACUUGAACAAGAGCGGCUUCGCGUCUACCUCCCGCCUGGGGACAGGUGCCUUCCUCUCCGGCGCGCGCGGCGACCGCCUGCACUCCCGGCGCCUCGCCGACGCCGACCGCGAAGAAGCCCCGCGCCCGACUCACCGAGCGCCGGAGCCUGCCGCGCCGACGACGCGCGGCGGAGAUCCGCGCCGAGGUCAGCGCCACGUCUUCGCGUCUGCCAGGGAGCAGCAGGUGGGCAAUUUCGAAGCGACAGCGCGCGAAGCCGAUGCCGUGGAGCGGCCAGGCGGCAGCGAAAGAAGACCUGGGGCUAGGGAGGAAGCGAGCGAGGCGGAGACAUCGGGCGCUCGGGGCGCCAGGGGAGCGCGAGGAGACAGGAGACACGCGGAGGAGGCAAGACCGGCCAGAGCAGUCGCCCGCGCGCUUCAGCGGAGCUCAGAUGACAACGGACAGGCUUUGGGAGCUGAUUCGCGCGGGAGACCGCCGGAGGGACAGUCUCCGCCGUCAUCGCCGUCGCCGUCGCCUGCAUCCUCGGUACAGCGUCGCUCUCUUCUUGCCUCUCUGUUCUCUGCUUCGUCCACGCAAAUUCGCCACCUCGCGGCUCGCCACGCCGAGGCCGCACGCGCAGGCGAGGGCGUGGAGGAGGCGAACGCGCAGGGCGAACGACGCGCCCAGGCGGACGACAUGGGACGUGGAGCGCAGGCGCGCAGACUGGCGAGCCCUGCCGGCAUCCAAAGCGCCUGGGGCGAGUUCGGAGACUCCCUGGACAUCCCCGACAUCGUCCCUGGGCCCGUGCAGCCUUGGGUCUGGGUCCCAGGUUCCUCGCAAGACGAUGAGAACUCGCCUCCGCCGACGGCGGAGUCGCUCACGCGAUUUCUGCGCCUGCAGGAGGCUCUCGAGGCAAAGGGCGACGGGCUUUUCCGCACAAAGAUUUUUGCCGUCCUUGUGCUCCUGAUGGUUGCGGUGCGGACGCUGACGCUGACCGCUGCGGUGCCUGAGAGCUUCCAGCAGUCCAGAAAGCUGAUUGAGCUGCUCUACGGGGCCUCUGCGCAGAUCUUCUUCGCCAGUCUCCUCGUCGUCCUCGCCUUCUUCGCCUUCUGCUUCGCAGGGUACACGAUUUUGGGAGUUGAGUUCCGGGGCUUUAGCACGCCGACGUACUCGGUGAUUUCGUGCCUGAUGGUGCUGGCGUCGCGCUGGAACUUCAACGCCAUCACGUCCGCGGAGAUUCAGCGCAACCCGCUCACGUGGCAGUUCGAGGCCUUCCUCUUUUUCUUCGUCAUCAUCUUCUUCUGCUACCUGAACUACCUGCUGCUCGCCUUCAUCUACCUGCGCUACGCGCAGAUCAAGCUCGACGCGACGAAGGAGCUCCAGCAGAGCCUCGUGGACAUCUACGGCGUGGAGCCGCGGAAACGCAUGGCGCUCUCAGUCAACGACUCGGUCAUUCUCUACUGGAAGGCCUUCCUGAAGGCGCUUCAACUCGCCAUUGGCCAGGCGAACGCGACAGGCCCCGCCGCGUCUCUAGACGACCAGGCGGCGCUUCUUCGAGACCGCUUUUUCGACGCGUUUCGAGGUCUCCCUGCGCUCGCGAACCUCCCUUCCACCACGAAGGACCGGGUCGAGAGGGCGCUAGUUGGCACGCAGCUUGUCCGCAUUCAGCAGUACAUGACCGACUUGGAGUUCCUCAAAGCAAAGCAGUUUAUGAUUUUGUACGACCUGAAAAUUCUCGGGGACUACGAACGCUGCAUUCACAAGCUGAACAAGAAAAAGGGAAUUUUCAUCACGAGUCUCGAGAGGGCCCUGCAGGACCUCAACGAAGAGAUCGACGUCGUGCAAAGCGACAUCGCCCUGCUCACCUAUGCGGAGGAGCAGACCGAAGAAGGCGUGGUUCAGCGCCACAGGCAGAAACAGGUUCUAGAGCUCGCCGGCGUCGCAAAGGGUCCCGCCGUCUCGCUGCAGCCAGGCGUGUAUUUGCCGCCGGAGUCUCUGGCGGAGGCGCGCGAGGCGCAGCGCGAGGCGGAGGCUGCGCGAGAGGAGCGGAUCGAGGACUGGCGGCGGCGCGUCUCGGAAGGCGAAGUGGCACCGCGGCCGCUGCAGGAGCUGCGGAAGCGGAAGAAGCGGCAGAUGGAGGUCCCGGCGGGGUCGCCUUUUGGCCAGUUCGAGGCGCUAUUUGGCAGCUCGGAGUCGCUGGAGGAGGAGGACGCGAAGCCCGCCGCGGGCGCGGCCGGCGCGCCUCCCACAGGCGUGCGCCACCCGCGUCAUCACCGGAGUGCAGGGCUGCUGGCGGAUUACGACGACGAGGAAGAGGAGAGAGCGCGUCUGGCGGCCGCUGCGGCGCAGGCGCUGGCCAGGGAGAAGGAGGCGCGCCGGGAGCGCGAGCGCGCCGGGCGAGGGGGCAGCUCGCCGCCGCUGCGGUCCUCGAUCGCGCCAGCCGUGGGCCUCGGAGGCCCGCGGCGGGUCUCGGCGCUGCUGCCGCGAGCGGAGGAAGAGGAAGACGACGACUGGGCUUCUGUGCGUCAGGAAUUUGGUGGCGACCGCCAGCCGACGCUGCACUUCCAAGACGACCGCGGCGCGGACGUCGUGGUCCGGCCGGGGGCCGCGGGGCGCGAUCCGCGGAGGGCGUGGGGCGGGCGGAACGCAGCGGAGGUGGAGCCCGAAGAGGAGGCGGUCGUUCGAAUCAAGAAGACGACGAAGAUCGUGCCGUUUCUGAGGCCGAAGGAAGGCGAGGAGGGCGAGGCGGGGGCGCCCCUCCUGCAAGAAGACGAGGCCGAGGGUGAGAUGGCGCAGGAAGCAGAAGAAAGCCAAGAGGAGGCGGAGGAGCGACCGCAGACGAACGCGCCAGAGAUACGCUACGCGCGCAGCAUGUCCAUGAAUCUCCAGAGGCGAGUGCGGGACACGGGCGACGAAGCCGAGCUGCAGGAGUUCACCGUUCUGCCGCGGAAGAAAGGCGACGCGGAGCGCGACCGCCCGCGAGCCGCAGACGACGAGGCGAAGCCGGGCGAGCGGCCGCGGCGACGAGGUGAAGAAGGGCGAAGGAGGAAAGACCGAAAAUCGCGAAGGGUGGAGGACGAAGAAGAAAGCAACUACCAACGGCUUCGAGCCAAGUCCAAGAAAAAGAAGAAGAAGCCUGAACGAGGAGGGGUUUUCGGCAUCAGCAUCUUCGGCGACGAGUGA